AGCAUCAUGUUCUCCCGUAACUUCUUCAUCUUCUCCGCUAUUCUGCUGGUGGUUGCUCUUGCGAGCGCGUCUGCUCAGAGCGACGAAAUCGAGUUCGAAUCUUCACUUGAAAUUGUCGAAAGGAGCAAAUUUGGCAGAAAGGUGGAAAAGAUUUUGAAGAAAUUUUUCAAAAACAUCACCGAGGUCUGCCUGAAGCAAGCCGUCUCUAAGUGCAAGAAGCACUGGUACAAUCCUGCCAAAGUCAUUAAGUGCGCUCAAGAUUUCUUCAACAUCGAAAACAUUGGAUGUCUCGUCGGUGCUUAAUAUAUCAUCUCCUAUAUGCGCAAAAAUAUAUAUCAGAAAUAACUUUGUUUCCUCUGUAUAUAUGUACAUAAUGAACGUUGAUGCGAAUGCCCCACAAAUAAAAGAUUUUUAUUAUUACAUUAACACCAAUGCCUU